UUUUUUGAAUAAAUUUGAACGUUAAUACGUGGAAAAGACCUUCACAUAGAGUGUGGGGUCUAAUGUCAAAUAAAUAAAUAUACAUAUAACCUCGACCAGAAUAUGUGAACUCAGUCGGAGCAUAAUAUGAUUACCCGAAACUUCGUGAUAUUAUGGGUGGCACUUGGGAUUCCAAUUUGUGUUACGCCGCUCGAACUCAAUGGGAAAACGGCCUUGGUAACUGGAGGGUCGCGUGGUAUUGGAUUUGGAAUUGCGCGCGAUCUUUUGAGUAACGGAGUUCGGGGCGUAACACUGGUCAAUGUUAACAUCAACAAGGGGCAAAAUGCAGCGAAGUUACUCAACGAGGAGUUUGGCUACGGGAAGGCGAUCUUCAUUCCAGCGGAUGUUAGCGAUGGAGAUCAGUUAGAAAGUGCGUUUAAGAUUUCGGCACGCCAUUGGAACGGCUUGAACUUCGUCAUCAAUAACGCUGGAGUAGGUAAUGAGAAAAAUUGGAAGUCUGCAAUUGAUAUAAAUAUCGUUGGAACGCUUCAGGGAACUCUCUUGGGUAUCAAGUAUAUGAGUAAAAAUAGGGGAGGCCAAGGAGGCGUGGUCAUAAAUAUAUCUUCUACUCUUGCCAUAGAACCUGUUUUUAAUGGCCCCGUGUAUAGCGCAACUAAAAGUUUCAUCAACGCCCUUGGUCGAUCGUUGGGGCACCAGGUUUAUUACAAUUACAAUCAAGUGGGAAUCAUUACAAUUUGUCCAGGCUUAACAAAUACGGAACUGAAGGAUUCCCUUCAACAGGGGGUUUCGGAAAUGUUACAUCCUAAUCUUGUCGAUGAAGCUCCUAAAUACAAUCCGCCGCAUUUUUCAACUCGGUUUCCGACGUCUCCAGAGCGGUGGUGGAUAUUCUAAAAACAGGAAGUAACAGAAGCACUUGGAUUGUUGAAGAUGGCAAAUGGUAUGAGAUUGAAUAUCCCGAUAGAAACGCAAUGAGACUAACCCGUGUCUAAGAGAUAAUGCGGUUAUGGAGAAAGUGGUAGCUGUAAAGUUAAGAUGUAUUUAUAAUUAAAUGAAUCGAAAACCUUUGGAC